AUGGGAUUGAUGCUGUUCAUGGUCACAACACAGUGUACAAGGCGACGGNGGAUCAAUAUGGUGAAUGAUUUCCAAAAGGGUUCCUUAUCCACCCGUCUUGGGAUACCGAUGAUUUAUGGGAUUGAUGCUGUUCAUGGUCACAACACAGUGUACAAGGCAACGAUUUUCCCUCACAAUAUUGGUCUUGGAGCUACAAGGCAAGUAUGUAGAGAUCCAAGAUGGGGUCGGUGUUAUGAAAGCUACAGCGAAGAUCCCAACAUUGUCCGAGCAAUGACUGAGGUCAUACCGGGAUUACAGGGAGAUAUCCCUGCUAAUUCUGUAAAGGGUGUUCCCUUUGUUGGUGGAAAGUAA